AUGGACGGUAGUAAAGCAGGCUAUUUGUGGAAUCCUGGUUUGGAGUUCGGAGUGUGUGCAGCCAUAGACAGCGGAGGAAAAAAGGCAGUACAACAACUAAAGCUGUUCGAUACCGUCCGAAGGAAACCAGAUCCUCUCUCAGUAGCAAACAGAUGCCAUGAGGCCAGACCAGAGCCAGCAGGACUGGACCGGGGAGAAGCACAGACCACCUCAGGGCGGGUCAGGNGGGCGGGGUGGCGGUGCUGCCCGCAGAGGCGCUCACCGCCCGCCAACCUCUGCUUUCUCUUCCCAGUGCCCGGGGUUGCCGAGUUCGCCGCCUCCUUCAAAAGCCCCAUUACAAGUUCUCCUCCCAAGUGGAUGGCUGAAUUAGAAAAUGACGAUAUUGAUAUGUUGAAGGAGUUGGGGAGCCUCACUACAGCUAACCUGAUGGAAAAGGUUCGUGGCCUGCAGAACCUGGCUUAUCAGCUGGGACUGGAUGAAUCUAGAGAAAUGACUCGAGGGAAAUUCCUGAACAUCCUUGAGAAACCCAAGAAGUAGCUGCAUCUAGCAUUUGGAUGAAAAUAUCCCAACUAGGUAAUUUUUUGUACUGUGGAUCCAGAUGAAGCCCAGAAAGUCUAAGAAGAACAAAGCUCUUGCUCUAGACCUUCAGAAGCAACAUCUCUUUUUGCUUCCACAGCUCAUCUCUUUAUGGAGGAAAUGUACCAUAAGCACAGUUCUCAAGGACUGCAGUUGGUUGCAUUGGAAUUUGGACUUCAUCUGACCAUAGGAUGUCCAACAGGAGGACUUGGCCCUGACAUGCUGUGACACAGCUACCUGUUUCAAUCAGCAGCUCAAAGUGAACAGCCAGUGUCCUUACUCAGCUGCUCUCAGGAGGCAGCCUGUUUGAAGUACACAGCAGAUCUGACACUGGCCCAGUGUCCAUCAUGAGGCCUUGACCCUUUUGUGUGUCUUUUGUCUUCAAUGCAUUGAUUUCCUGUGUGUGACAUCGGUGCCAAAGGAUUCGAGGUGUGGAUUGACCAAGAGCACUGGCUCAGCAGGAGCAUAUGCUUUUAGUGUAGCAGCUGAGUGCAGUCUCUGCAUUAGGUUCCAGUUGCUCACUGCCUUUAGAGAAGCACCUCUGGUGCUCCGAGGAAGACCUCCAGACCUUUGGUGUGCCGGGAGCUUCAUUUCACCGCUAAAUGAUUCUCUAAGUGAAAUUGAAACUAACAGACCACAGGGAGUAAGAAGUGUGUCUCAGGGAAGAUAUCCUCACAGAAGCUUUGGCCAGUACACAAGGAAACAGCUUUGUCAGUCCUCUGCAAUUCUUUGCUUCUUGCAGGGCAGAAACUGGAAAGAGUUAUAAAGUGUAAAGAUGGUAAUGUUUUCAGUUAUCACUCCAACAAGUGGCAACAGGACUGUUAGCCACAUUGUGAUGAUGGCUGUACAUGGUCUCAGCAUCUAUGAAAAUAAUGUUUUGUGGUAUUUUUAAUUGCUUAUAAACCAGCACCUCAAAAUCUUCUUCUCCUACAAAACCAGAAUUUUUAAGAUAGAAACUUCUCUGAGCUGCUCCCUUUCAGAACACUGUGAUUACAGUUUAAUGCCUUUUUCUUCUGUUCAUGCACUCUUACACAUUUCCCCCCUUGGAAGAGGUACAGAGCAUGUUCAGACUUUUUGUUUUAUUUAAGAGAAUAAUUUUUUUCAUUCCAUCCUCUUUCCUUUUCCUAGAAAACAACAGUUUAAACAUUAGUAAAUAUAUUCUUUUUUAGGAUACAACAUAAAUACAAUAAAUAUGUUGAAACAUAACAUAACAUGAUGUUAUUUUUACCAUGCAGGCUUUUCAAAACGUGUCAUUUCUCAGGCUGUAGUCACAUAUGAGAGAAGAAAUUAUUUGGAAAUAGUACAUGUAACAGGCUGUCCUUACAGCAGUGCAUUUUUCUGGCUUUGCAGGGAGAGGAGGCUCUUUCUGGGUGCAUGUGCAAUAAAGAGGGGAAGGUUGUUUGUUUUUUUAAAUCAAAUAGACUUCUGAGUUUUACUGAAUUGAUGGUGAUUGCGGUCUGUGGUUUUGGUUAUUGCCAGUCAGAACUAGGCUUGUUUGGGACAGCUCCAGUUAACUAAGUAGUUAAAUCAUACAUCCUGGAAAGACCCUGCACAAAUUUAGAAAUAUCAGGAGCCUGAUUUAAGACUUAACAGAGUUAUUUCUGUCCUUCACAGUUUAUGCAGGGCUGAGCUUAACAGGAACUCCGUCCCUUGAGAACAUGAGAAUUAAGACAGAUGAAAGAGAAGAGAAGCUGAAAGUGGUAGUUCAGAACAAAAAAAACCAGUGGUGCAAACUGAUGUUGAUGUAGCUUUAAGCAUUGAAUUACAGAUUUGAAAUGCAAAUUUAAGUUUGUAUAUUAUAUAUGUAAUAUAUGUACACAUAUAUGACAUAAUGGGAUACUUCAUCUGUAUCACCAGUAUUAUUUUGUGCAUUUUAUAGAGGUUUCUUGGUCCAACACAUUAAGGAAUUGAGAUCUAAAAGGAGGAUGGAUGAAAGCUUAUCCUGGAAGUAUAUGUGUAUUUUCUGAUAUGUGCAGUAGGAAAUUUCAAACUCUAGGUACUUUUUUUUUUAGUUUAGUAACAUACAUAUAUUUUAAAAAAAAAUCCUUUUAUUAUACACAGUAAUCAUCUUCUGUAGGGCAGCCAUUAACAUAUGCUUUAGAAUUGUAGUAUUUUUUGGUUUUGUGCUUAUCAUAUGUAGAGAUGAGUCAAUUAUGUUAUUUUUUUAUUGGCAAUAUUUAUAUGUAUUUUUGUGUGGUUUUUUGCUUUUUGGUUUAAUAAUAUGCAAUUGCAAACCUCAAAGCUUUGUCUGGGUUUCCAAAAUAGGCCUCUGAGAUGCAAAAGCUUUUGCUUGGCCACUUAGACAAUAUUAUUCUUCAGGCUCUUCUUUACUUACCUGCAUGACACCACCUCAGGGUUUAGCCUGUGGAUAUUCCAUUCCCAUCAGUAAAUAAAUAUCUAUCAAUA